UAACUAGCUUUGUUCUGUUACUAGGCUGUGCAGAACGAGUCAUCGGUUUGAGAGAGUGUGCCCAUGAAACAUACGCGGAUCUAUCCCGUUGUUUCUUCAAUUAAUUUCCUGAAUGUCACAAAGAAUCGGGCAUAACCUGGACUAAAAGAACAAGAAGAAGAUCUUGAACAAUUCCAGAUUCGAUUACCUCGGAAAAGUAUUAAUCAUCCUCAAAAUCAUGCCUGCGAAAUUUCGUGGAAGCCUUUCAUCCGACGAUGGCAGCUUUCCCCCAUCCCCGGCCGCUGACGGUGCCUCGAAGCGUCUGUCCUGGAGCAAACUUGUGCAGAAGCUCUCGGAGUUCAGUGGAGCAGCCAGCCCUGACCACUGCUUCGACUCAGAUACGAGUAGAGAUAUGUCAGACUCAGGGUCGUUCACGAUACCUGAAUUGUCUGCAGACUCCGACUGGUUUCACGACCCACUGGAUGAGACCCUAAGAAAAGAAGUCGUUGCCUUAGUAGCUCGCCGUUUGAUUGAAGCCAAAGACAGCACUUUGCGGUGUAGCAAGCUGCUCAUACCAGAGAAACUUCUAGAACACAUAGGCCAGGAGCUCGUUCACCUGGCUGAGAGUGAGCCAUGUGGCCUCAGGGGGGCGCUAGUUGAACUGUGUGUGGAGCAGGGGGAUGCAUGCGUCAACAUGGGACAGAUACCAGCCGAUCCCUACGUUGUCCCAACGUUCCAGCUGACCCUGGUGCUGAGGUUGGACUCUGAGGGCCUGUGGCCCAAGAUCCAAGGACUCUUCAGCAACAAGUCUCAUGCAGCACCCGUUGUCAGGCACGCACUCAAACUGAGCACUGGCUUCCGGGUCAUCAAGAAAAAGUUCUACAGCUCUGAGGAGUUGCUGAUAGAAGAGUGCUAAGCUGGACUUAGAUAUAGUAGCCUUUUUAAUAUAUAUUUUUACAAAUAUAUUUAUAACUGUUUGAGCACUGCUCAAUAACCAACUGACUGUCCUUGAGUUCUUUGUGAUGAAAGAAUGUUUUUGUUAUUGUUAUCAUGGAGGGGUGCCGGUAAUGUCUCCAUCCCUUGAGAAUGGUUUCUCAGAUCUUAAAGACGAGUGCAAUAUCCGAUGUUGUCUUCACUGUACACAUGGCCAUCUAGUCUUGUGAUAACUGUCAAGAAAGACCACACAAGGUUCAUCAAAGUGGUCGUGCUGAUGUAAGACGGAACGGGAUAUGGCUUACAUUGUUUUGUCCCACGUUUUGUAAUACCUGUCAAUCCACUGUAUGGGUUGCAAAGUUUUGAUGCCAUUUUGUACGUUUGUUACGCUGGAAAAAACUAAAACGUUUUACCUCAAAUUCUGUGAAAGUGGACCUAUAGGCAUUAGGUUAAAUGGUCAAAGAGCAAAUGUAGCAAAAAGUUACGUCGAAGUCAUUCUUUUUAAUGUACACAUGUACAUGUCAUGUUAUGUCAGCCUGUGCUGAGGUGUGUAGCUUUUUUCUGUUUAAUUGUCAGCUGUUUUAAUUGACUUGCAUUUUCACAUGCAUCAUUUAUUUGAUAUUCAAAUGACAUUGCACUGUUUUUGUACUAUCAUCAAAGACACGUCAGACUACAAUAAAUUAUUUUUAUGACCUUUAAAAAUUGUCCCUCAUAUGAUUAAAACAUUCUAUUAGCCCACUGUAGAAUACAACUUUCAUUGCGUUGGUUUAUCUGCAAGGUGUGUGAUUCUCAAAGCCACAAAAGUCUGUGGUCACUAACUGAAGCAACAGACAUUUAAGGUUUAGUCCAUUUUCAAUAUCUCCACUUGUUCAGACUUUUUCAGUUUCUUUUUUUGGCUUGGAUAUACGUUAUAUACAUGCCUAAAAAUCUUAGCAGUUCUUAAAGCAGCAAAUUUUAAAAUGUGACAUUUGCAUGGCUUGAAUAUUACACAGGCUGUGUGCAUGCCUCAUUCUUUGACUUUUUAGCCGUUCUCAAGCAUCAUUUUUGUUUUUGAGAACAUUUGCAUGGUUUUGUCAAUGCAACACAAGGCCAUGGGGCUGCAGAAGCUGAACGCUAAAUCUGUGCUGAAAGUGCAUGAAGUUACACAGCUUUGGAUUUACUGACGCAGAGGCUUGAGUAACGGAUUACAGAGCUGCAUUUCAAAAUAUGUGAGCUGUGGGGAUUUGAAUUAGAAAUAAAAUAACAAUUGGGAAAAAGACAUCCUUAAUGAAAGAGCCUUAUUGCAAUACAAAUAGUAAAAAAAUACGGUAUGGUUUUGAUUUACCAAGUGUCCAAAGCUUAACCACAGACUCUUGCGUUCAUAUACCCAAAAUGAGUUAAAAGUGCAUACCGGUAACCUGCUUUCUCAAGUAUGCUUCUGGGAUAAUUGUUAAACACCUUGGCGGGGGGAGAAAUGGGUCGUUUACAGAAUAAUACAGAAUAGCAGCAAUAGAAUGGGUUUGGGAUGGGACCAUCAGCUAGUGGGGGAGGAGGGUUAGAGUGUGAAUGUGAAUGAGGUGCUGAGGGUUUGGUGAACGUGCGAAUCAUCAUGGCACUGACAAAGAAAAAAAACUUCAGGAUUUCACAACCACUACUGGUGACGCCAGUAGGCCCUCCCUGUAAACUAUGGCUCAUGGCCUAAAACCACAGCUCCGGGGCUCAGACACCAGUACAAGCAGUGUGGCACGUAUGAUUUUUAUUGUACUAAUGACCGAAGAGGAGAGAAAGAGGAACAUAUGGGAGAAGGGAGAGAGAGAGAGAGAGAGAGAGAGAGAGAGAGAGAGAGAGAGAGAGAGAGAGAGA